UUCCUCUGGGCUUGCACCUUGCAGUGCGCCAUACAACAAAGAGAGAGGGAAUUGGAAACAGAAACUGGACGCAAGCAGAGCUAUGUCGCAUUGGUGGCGCAAAAUCCAGCAAGCCCUCCCAAAGCCGGGCUCCCUGAAGAGAAAGGCACGUGGAAACUCGUUGUUCCUUGAGAAGAAGUACGGCGAAGUUGCUGCCCGCAAGGACGCCAAGGAUGUCCGCAACGCAGUCAGGAACACUGUCAAGAAGAGCGCCAGCUAUGGGAAGUCGGCAAGGGACCGAGCAAAGGAUGCAAGUUCAAGAGUUGGCAAGCAGUUUGUGGAAACUGCGAGAUCGAUCCCAUCGAAGGCCGCAGAGGCAGCGAAGGAUGCGGCUACAGGCGCUGUGGUGGCCGGUGGUACGGCUUCAAAGAAGAUCGCGUCGGCGGGGGCGCAAUCUGCCCGUGACAUCGGUAAAUUGGCUACCAACAAGCUGUGGGACGCUGCGCCCAAGGUCGCCAGCUACGCCACCUGGACCGCACGGCGAAUAGUCUUGCUGCUCCUCGGAACAGCAUUCCUGUAUGGCGUGGGGUCGGGACUUCCUGGAGCGGUAGCACGGUACUUCACGGAGAAGGAUAGACGGCGUUACGAAGAAGAGCGGCUGAAAAGCCGAAGGGCGGACGGAGAGUGGUCUCCAUCAUCGUCGGCAACAGCAAUGGACGUGGACGGGACGGCUGUCGUAGAAGCAGCCGGGCAAACAUCCUCGUUGUUUAUCUUGGAAAUCGAACGGUGGUUGAGGAAAAGAUAGCACCUAUUUCUCCGAUGCGAAGGUGUCGCAAUUUGUUUAUAUCGUGCAUCUCCCGGUUCAGGCGCGAGAGUUUUUUCGCGCUGCCUCAGUCUGAGGUGCUGCCGGAAUAUCCAGUGAAAAGCCCAAGUGCCUCCCUUUCGGACAUGCUGGGACUCUCGGCAUGGCUACGAUAUGCAUCGAGUCGGUAUCCUAUCGCGUGUCGCGUCGCAGCGAAACAGUGAAUCGGUUUGGUGUGGUCGUCGCAGAACUCGACUGGACGUGCGCUUUGAGACUCUUUUCUUUUCCAUCGACACUGAGAACCUCUGGAGUCCGAGCAUGCUUAAUUGUCGCCAACCGACGUCCAAGAAUGAAACGUUUUUUGGGAAGCGACUGGAUGAAUCCGGCUUCUCGAGGGCACGCAAGCAAGGGCUAAUACGGCAUCUGGCACUAUUUUCUUGAUAUGGCGCGGUGCGCCUCUGCUGCUCUUGGCGGCAUUGG